AUGGAGGAGGAAUUGGUGGAAGUGUUACAGAAAUUCGCCCUCUCAGAAAGGGAAGUAGGGGGUACCCUUCUGGAGUUGGGGGACCUAGAUGAGGGCAUUACAGAGUGUCAGGGUAGUAUCAUAGGGAAGAUACGGGGGGAGAAGAUUGCUAAUUUCACAGGAGUUAAAAAUUUUGCUACUGUGGCUUGGAGCUACCCUAAAGGUCUUAGAGUAGCUGAGUUAGGUCCUAAUGUUUUCCAAUUUACUAUCCCGGAUGCUAAGGAUAGGGAACGAAUUCUUGGAGGAGGGCCAUGGAUCAUAGACAACCAGAUUUUAGUGCUUAGAAAUUGGGAGGUGGGGAUAGAGGAGGAUGAAGACGCGUUUAGUGUAGCUCCGGUUUGGGUGCAGGUAUGGAACCUGCCCAUACAUUGUCUGUCUAAGACAGUGGGAAAGAAAGUGGGAUCUAUCUUUCGUGAGGUUAGGGAGGUGUUAAUCCCUCAAUCAGGGGGCAAGGAAGGGAAACAUAUGAAACUUCUGGUUCUGAUAGAUAUUAAACAGCCUUUGUUGAGAGGUUCAACAAUCCAGAUGAACGGGGUGAGUAAGUGGCUGUCUUUUAAAUAUGAAAAAUGUCCCGACUUCUGCUAUAGUUGUGGUGUCAUUGGGCACAGUGAAAAGAAUUGUAAGUGCCCUGUGAUGGUGAAAAAGGGACAAUACCAGAACCAGUAUGGACCUUGGAUGAGGGUGUUUGGGGGAAGAGGAUCUCCUCAGAAGGAAGGUACCCAAAAGAUUUGGACGCCACACAAGCAGGUAUGGAAGGUUAGAAAUGGGGAAAUGAUCAGAAUAGAGGAUUUAGAGAAACAGGAGAAAGGGGUAGGUCUGUAUGAGAAUAUGGAUUUGAGCAAGACAAAGGAAGUUAGGGGGGAAGAGAGCCAGACUCAUGAGUUAGAGAAGGGGGGACUCACUAUUGCAGAUAGGGAGAAGGCUGGUAGGAUAUUACCAAAUUGGAGCUCUGAGAAGGACAGGGAGAAGGUGAUAGGGAUGCAGGAGGGUAUUAAGAGUAGUACAGGAAUGGAUGUAGUACGAAUAUUGGAGGGUAGGAAUGAUGAGGGUACUAAUAUGGGAAAUACUGAGAAGGGAGAGGUUGGAAGGACAGGAGAAGGUAAAGGAGGGGAACAAGAAAUACCCAGGUCAGGGGAGGAGCUAGUGAAUAUGGAAACAGAUGAAACCACCAAUAAAGAAAACCAAGGAGGGUGUAGGAUAGAGGGGAAGAGGUUCAGGAGAGUGCACACUGGACCUAGAGAGAUUAGAACUCCUCUAAAGGAGCUCAAUGGGACAAAAAGGAAGUUUUAUCUGUGUGAUGAAGAAAUGACAGAUGUGGAGAACCAGGAUCACAUAGAUAAAAAGUAUAGGGGAGAACAGAUUGGAGGGAUAAGCAAGGAUUUGUCUGAAGGGGAUGGGAUCAGCCCUCACUGGUCCCCAAAGGACCAAUGA